UGAGUCUGAAUUCACGCGGGUUGUUUGCAGCACGUUGCAAUGUGCCUAACCCCUCCUUUACCAUGCUGCACUGGCUGGAGUACCUGCUGACCUUGAAACGUCAUGAGGCUUCCCUUAUCAAGUGCAGACAAUAAAUCAUUUUGUUGCUCAUUUCUGUAAGGGAGUGUAGCAUCUCCUUAGUGAGAGUGAGACGUGCACAGACAAGAAGAUGUUUUAUUCGGGUAUCCUCACUGAGCCUAGUAGGAAGGAGGUGGAAAUGAGGGAAGCUGCAUCUCUCCGACAGCAGAGGAGAAUGAAACAGGCAGUUCAGUUUAUUCACAAGGAUUCAGCAGACCUGCUGCCUCUGGAUGGGCUGAAGAAACUGGGAACUUCAAAAGAUACUCAACCACAUAACAUUCUGCAAAGACGCUUAAUGGAGACAAACUUAUCCAAAUUACGAAACUACCAUGGCACAUGGACUCCCAAGAAUGACAUUUCAGCACAGACCAAUAAGCUGAAUCAAGCCAAACCAGAUACCCCAAAGAAAACAGAGGAAGAAGAACUUAUAUUGGUGAGCUGCCAGUGUGCUGGAAAGGACUUGCGAGCUGUGGUUGACACCGGUUGUCAACAUAAUCUCAUAUCAUCUGCUUGUUUGGAUAGACUCGGGAUGAAGCAGCAUAUCAAAAUGUACAAUAAUGAAGAUGAGAAAAUUUUGCUACCAUGGAACGUAAGGGUGAUUGGUCAGGUUGAACAUUUAACAGUAACAAUGGGAACCAUCCAUGUGGACUGUUUUGCAGUCGUCAUAGAAGACAAUGAGAAAACCUUCUCCCUUGGGCUGCAGACUUUGAAAUCUCUGAAGUGUGUCAUAAAUAUGGAAAAGCAUCAUCUUGUACUGGGGAAGGCAGACAGGGAAGAAAUCCCAUUUGUUGAUAAUAAUAUCUCUGCAAAUGGAGGAAACACAUCUGAGGCAUGAAGAAAGACUGAAACCUCCCCUUCCCCUGACAGGAAACCCUAACAUCAAAGAAAAACUGUGCAGCUUUUCUAGAUGAAAUAGCAACAUAAUACAUUGGUAACACCUAAACUAGGCUUCAUUUAAGUACACUUAAUCUGUAUAGCCAGUAACUUUUGAGAUCUUGUCUUGUAGAUCUAUGUUUUUUGAGAUACAAACGUGCUUUUUUCUGGACUUUCCUACUGUGCCCCACUUACUUUUGACUGGUAAGACAAACCUUAUGAAUUUAUUCUAAUGAUGAGAAGAGUCAUUUUUAUAGAAGCCUCAUAUGAAAUAAUUUUCUUUCAUGCUGAGUAUAGGCUGCCAGAAUUAGAUUUUUUUUAACAAUGAUUUUUUCAGCUGUUAAGUAUUUAUAUACAAUAAAUUGACAUCACCAGGUUCAAACCAGGACACUAGUCAUAUUGAAAUAUCAACCUAAAUCUUAUACAUUGGUCAAAGGUCAUCCUAAUAGUAGUUUCAUAGUAGCUAGGGUCAGGAGGGACCUGAACAGAUCAUCUAGCCUGACCCCCUGCCACAGACAGGAAUGAAUGCUGGGUUCACAAGACCCCAGACAGGUGAUCGUCCAACCUCCUCCUGAAUUUGCCCAAGGUAGGGGCGAGGACCACUUCCCUGGGAAGUUGGUUCCAGAUUUUGGCCACCCUAACUGUAAAAUAUUGCCUUCUGAUCUCCAACCUAAACCUAUUCUCCAGCAGCUUAUGACCAUUAUUCCUCGUCACCCCAGGUGGUGCUGGGGAGAAAAGAGCUCUGCCUAUUUGCUGUUGAUCCCCCCUGAUGAGCUUGUAGGCAGCCACCAGGUCCCCCCUCAGCCUCUUCUUGCUGAGGCUGAACAGGUUCAGGUCCUUCAGUCUCUCCUCGUAGGGCCUGUCCUGCUGCCCUCUCACCAAGCGGUGAGAGAUAUUAUUACCCAUAAUAUUGUUGCUAUGUAAUUAGGGAUGCAACUGCUGAAUCUAUGAGAAUAGUUAUAUAACUAGUUACUAAUCACAUUUGUCUUCGGAACUAUCAUUGUAUUGCCAACCCUCAAGAUUUUUGGUAUUUUUCUUAAAGUCUACACUUCAGGAAUGUGAAAAACAGCUCUUUCUUUUAUCUCUAUAUAUAAAUAUAGAUGAAAGAGCUACAUUUUUUUCCACAUUCCUGAAGUCUAGACUUCAAAAUCCAUACCAAAAAUAAUGGGAUUUGGCAACACUGUAUUAUAUUCACUGAUCAAGAAUAGCAGUUCAGGAAAAUUCACCACCAGGCUGAGUCCAAAAGGGAAAAAACAGGGACAGACUUUUACCAUCCAAAGAGCAGCAGUGGUGUUUAGAGACUACUUGGCCAACUAGACUCAGCUGUGAACCAAACCCUGACUUUUCUCUCAGCACGGGGACUACUUCCUCAGCCUCUGCCAACACCACAGCUCAAAACCAACUACACCUGGAACAGCCAGAAAGCUAACUGACUAGGUUGGAUUUGAACUCCUGAACUUAACCAUCACUCCCUUCAAUGCACUAUUUUUAUAUCUAUUUACAAAUUCCUCAGGACCUCAAGUACAACACUAACCCUGAUCCCCCUGCAAUCACUUGAGAGUUUUCAUGGGGACCAACAUUUGGUUCUUCCUCACAAGCCUCUUUUAGAAACAAUAUUACUGCCUCACAUACUGGCAGAACAAAUUCAUUGUACCGCUUGGGAGUCUGACAUUUCACAAAAGCUGUUCUCCAUGUUUCUAAAGGCCAAUAGGAAUUAUUGACAAUCACCAGCUGGGAGGCCAAUUUCAAGUCUAAGAAAUUUGAAAAUCAGGCAUGUAAGCUAGUAUCCUUUCUACAUUCUUGUACCUGAUUAUCCAGCCAUCACGGCUAGCAACAAAGCCAGAUUUUCACAGAGUCUCUCUGUCUUGCAUCUUAUGCUGUAUAACCUUGAGUGCUAACCCUGCAGCAAAAGUGCUUUUAGGUCCUAAAUUUAGCAGUGCACUUAAGCACAUGUAUUCCUCUUGAAAUCAACAGGACUGCUUCUGUACUUAAAGAUAUGUAUGUGCUUACAUGUGCUGCUGGAUUAGGGCUUCAUUUGGUGAGAUUCUGAUAGGCUUAGCACCUAUACCUUCCAUUGAAGUUAAUGGGCCUCAGGAAUUGACUCAGUGGGAAUUUUACCAAUAAUUCUCAUUGACUUCAAAGGGAGAUGUGGUCCAGAAUAUGGCCCACAGUGUGUGAUCCUGGUUAAGGGCUCUUCCUGAUUUUUUCUGAUUUGUGUACAAUAGGAUUGAUAGCUAUAUUUCAUGGCUGUCAGGAUUACAAUUGCAGAUCUAGACUUACCAAAUGUGUGCCUGUAUUUUAACAGCUUAGAGCUUUGUCUCUUGCAGUGGAUUUGAAACACUCAGUUUUUAUUAUUGGAUAUUGCCAUCAAGUUGGGAGUAUCAGUGUUUUGGGAUAGUUUCUAUGGAUCAGUUCUCUCCUGUAGACAGUAUUUUAUACAACACAGCUCUGUGUAUAUUCAGGGUGGACUGCACUGUGUAAUCCUGCCAGUGUGUUGUAGAAAUGUACUUCAUUAAAUACAAAAUAUAUUUGAUUAAAUUUAUAUGCCCUGAGUUUGGUAUUUUGGUACUUCUCUCUGUGCUUAUUACUGUGCUGGAUGUUCUAUUAAAGUCUAAAUAAAGGUUAUCUCCUGUUACAAUCUA